AUGCUUUCUCUACGGACGUUGCGUCGAGCAGCGCCUUUGCCGUUUCGUCUGUGUGCCAACUGCGUGCAGAAUGCAUCGACGGAAUCGCCCCUCAAGAAAGAGCAUGGGAAAAAGCAGGUCAUAUUUUCGGGCAUCCAACCCACUGGUGUACCACAUUUGGGAAACUAUCUCGGCGCUUUGAGACAAUGGGUUAAGCUUCAAAACGAUGCGUCGCCAGAUACCACGCUCCUGUUCUCCAUUGUGGAUUUGCAUGCCAUUACGAUAAAACAAGACCCAAGGGAAUUGGCGCAAUGGCGGAGGGAGAUGCUGGCCAGUCUGCUGGCAGUAGGUCUUGAUCCCAAGCGAAGCAUCAUCUUUGCGCAGAGCAGCGUGAAGCAGCACGCCGAGUUGAUGUGGAUUCUGAGCUGUGGUGCGAGUAUGGGAUAUUUGAGCCGGAUGACGCAGUGGAAGAGCAAACUCUCCCUCCCCCAAAACGCCUCGCCUCUCGACCCCUCGCCCUCCAACAAAGAUGCUCUCAAACUCGGUCUCUUCUCCUACCCUGUCCUGCAAGCCGCCGACAUUCUGCUCUACAACACGACACACGUCCCCGUCGGCGAAGACCAAGCGCAGCACCUCGAGUUCACGCGCGACCUCGCCAUAGGAUUCAACCACCUCUACGCCUCCGAUGCCAACUCACAGUCCUUACUAGCUGUCCCGCAAACGCUAUUGAGCCCUGCUAAGCGAGUCAUGAGCCUGACUGACCCAACCAAGAAGAUGAGCAAGAGUGAUCCGAAGCCCAAGAGCCGGAUACUAAUAACUGACUCAAGAGACGAGAUACACGGAAAGAUCAAGACGGCAUUGACAGAUUCAGUUGAAGGGGUGAGCUACGACCGAGACAGCAGGCCCGGGGUGACGAAUCUCAUUGAUUUGAUGUAUCAUUUUGAUGAGGCGGCUGCUGGGUCGCCGGAAGAGUUGGCGGCAGAUCUUAAGGACUUGAGUAUGCGUGCGCUGAAAGAACGGGUCGUGGAUACGAUUGACGGCGGGAUUAGAGAUAUUCGGGAGAGGUACGGGGAGCUGAUGGGUGGGGACCAGAAGGUGCUGGUUGAGCAAGCGGAGGUAGGGGCGCAGAAGGCUGAAAAGAUUGCUGAGGAGACUAUGGGGAGGGUGCGAAGUGCUAUGGGGAUUGGUUGGUGA